AUGAGGUUCUCCUCGCUUACCUCACAAUUUGUGCAGAAGCAUUUGGAGGCUGAAACGUUAUUUAAAGAAAGACUGAAAGAGUGCGAUGAUCGGAUUCGAAAAUUUGAAGCCACAAUACAAGAAUUAAAAGGGGAACUUGAAAAAAAGGAGAAAAAUUAUGAACAACUAAGAAACGAUUGCGAGUAUAAUUAUUUAUUGGUUAAGGAGAGAGACCACGAAUUGGCUACUGUUGAGAAUGAGGCUUUAAAAUUGAACGAACAUAAUUCAAGACUUGUGCACAUUGAUCAAAUCACUAAAAUGAACUCUCUAAUGACAGAAUUAAGACUUGAUCUGGAAAGUCAAAAAGAAAAGGUAUUCAGAGCUGAAGAGAAACUGAUCGAUAUGGCUACAGAAAAUAAGAUUCUGAGAUCCAAGCUAAAGGAGGCUGUGAAAGAUUUAAAACGAGUGUACAAAGAGAAAGAACAACUCACAGAUAUUAGUAACAUGUUAAAAUCUGAGCUGACAAAAACAAAAGAAGCCCUCUUUUAUGCAAGAGAAGCAGCUGUAUUAGUUAGUGUUGAAAAACCUGCCUCUCCCAAACCAUCAAAUGAUAAUCUAGGUGUAAAUGGUAAAUCAAAAACUAUCUCACAAAGAAAAAAGAAGCUAGGAUAUUAA